AAUUAAGUGAUGAUGAACUAGAACAAGGUGAUGAAGAAUAUUCUGGGAUACUUCAAGUUAGUCAGGGAACUUGGUUUUUAAUUGAUGAGACCGUUAUGGAAGAAGGAAAACUCGAUGAUAUUG